GAGGUAAACCCUUAGUGAUUACGUAGAAUUAAACAUGGCCGUUGACAAGAAAGUAGCGUUUCAUAAAAACGGUUACGCUUGCCUCUUAGCUAUAGUAAUAGGAUUGCUAGUUGUUGAAGCAAUAUUCCUACAUUUGAAGAUCUACAAAACAGACAGUGUGCUGACAGAAAGGAUAAUUGAACUGGAAAGAAAGCAAGAGAAAACUGAAAGGGAAUUAAAAGAAUGCCAAAGCAAAGAUGGCGAACAAAAACAAAAGGACUUUCGCUACUAUUCACAACUUUUAAACAGAGAAUUCAGGAUAGUAGAAAAACUAAAACGAAGAUCACGACGUCACAAUCAACCGAGCUUUGAUCUUCAUUUGCAAAUACGAAAAUUGGCUCAUAAUGUCGAUGGGCUUUGCAGAAGUGUGACACUUGUUUGCAAGAAGGGUGAAAGGGGAAAGCCAGGCCCGCGUGGUGCCAAAGGAGAAGCAGGACAGAGAGGGGAUAUCGGACCUAUUGGUGUAAUUGGUCCUCCUGGUCAAAAGGGGGACAAGGGGCAAAAGGGCCAGCCUGGAUCACCGGGAAGGUCGAUUUCAAAGCCACGAAUUGUAUCAAAGUUUCCAAAUAUAGUCUACAAAACAGUUGGCUCUAAUUUAACAUUAUUAUGUGAAGCCGAGGGGAAUCCCACACCAAAAAUUAUCUGGAGAUUCGGGUCACAAACUCAAGAUUCAAGGUACAGUUAUCCUGCUCCAGGUGCCCUCGCUAUUUCAAUAGUGCAGGAGAAUGACAACGGUAUAGUCAAGUGCGUUGCGGAGAACAUUCUUGGUACAGAUGCAGUCGAAACUGAACUUUCUGUCCUAACAAAACCCAAGGUGAUCAUAAACUCCAAAAAGGUCAUUGGAACAGUUGGGUAUCCUUUAGAAGUCAACUGCAGUGCUACUGGCAAUCCUAUACCAAAGCUCUACUGGAAAAAGGCUCAUGGUUUGACAAGUGGCAAAGAGGUUCUUGCAACAGAUCAGAAAAGCAUGUCCCUCAAGUUUACAAAAAUUGUUUCUGAUGAUGCAGGGUACUAUAUUUGUGACGCAAAAAAUAAAGUUGGAGUAGCAUCUGAUUCCACUGUUCUUGAAAUACAAAAAAGAGACUGUUCAUCGUGGAGGAAAAGCGGGCAGUCAAAAAAUGGACUUUAUAUAAUUAACCCAGAUAACGGCAUAGCUUUCUCUGUUUAUUGUGACAUGGAAAAUGACGGGGGUGGCUGGACGGUGAUUCAGAGGCGUACUGAUGGGUCAGUAGAUUUCUAUCAAGACUGGGAAUUGUACAAGAUAGGCUUUGGGGAUUUGAGAAAUGAAUUUUGGCUUGGAAAUGAGAAAAUUCACCGCCUUACAAAACAAAAAGAUAUGAAGAUUCGGUUUGAUCUUGAAGAUGUGGAUGGCAACAAAGCUUUUGCAGAAUAUAAUGCCUUCCAUAUAGAUGGUGAAGAUCAGCAAUUUACAGCACAUGUGAGUUCUUACUCUGGAACGGCUGGCGAUUCGUUUUCAGAUACAAAUGGGAAUAAAUUUUCAACUAAAGAUAAAGAUCACGACACGAGUCCAGGUGGAAGUUGUGCUGUGUCAUUUCAGGGUGCAUGGUGGUAUCGAGAUUGUCAUUCAUCAAAUUUGAAUGGAAGGUAUCUAAAUGGUCCACAUAAGUCGUUUGCCAAUGGAGUAAAUUGGUAUCACUUCAAAGGUCAUCAUUAUUCUUUAAAAAGAACUGUCAUGAAGAUAAAGCUACGGAAUUAGCCAAGACCAAAAUCUAACGUAAAAGCAGCUAUGAAUUAGCAGUUGCAUUAAUGGUGACUUUUGUAGAAGAUAAUGUGUAGCUUGGAGUUGAUAAUUGAAAUAUAUAGAUGCAUGAAUGCCGCUUGCCUCUCUUUCUAUUUGAGUUCUUGAUAUAAAAUAGAUAACCAAAGGAUAUAAGAUACGACCUUCGAACAAAUAGCCUCCUGUAGCUCCUUACAACCAAUAAGUUAAGUUAGUUUAUGGGAAAACUUUAUUAUCAUUUAGAGGAACUAUUUUACGGAACGCGCUAUCUGACACAAUAAAAAGCAAGCCAUUUACAAAGUAACGUAUCUUGUGAGCUUGAUAAUCGAAGCAUUUAAGAACAUGAAAUGAAAAUGUUUUUAUAGUUAUGUAAAUAAUGUUGAAAAAUUAUGAGCUAUGUUAACAGUUGUAGCGAAUAAAAGAACCACUUUCGUCCUAAAGUGAACCGAUAGUGUAGCCCACAUUCGCAAAGAUUUAAUUAAAAGCAUCAUAACUUAUGAAUAGCGGCUGAAAUUAUGCACGCAAUGUUCAGGUGGGGAAACUUAGGAGGGGCCCCCCAUUUUUGUCAAUGGCAAAUUAAUUUGAAAUAUCUACUGUGUAAGAAUAGGUCGCAUUUUUCCAUUUUUGCUUUACUGUGUAAAAAGAGGACAGAGUUAUUAAAAUACAUUCGUGUUAAGCUUUUGUAAUACAGAAAGAUUUUGGUGUCUUCCUUAUAUAUUUAUAUAUGAAAGAAUGCCCAACUUAAAACUUUGUUUUAUAGUAUUUGCUCGGAACUGAGCCCUAACCGCUGUUUCUUUAUGCUCGUCAGCCUCGUCACAGGAAAGUGUCGCUCCUGUACACCCUGUCUCCCCCCCCCCAAAUAAGGAUUUAGCCGAUGUGGCAUAUCGAUUAGGUACGUUCCUAGAAUUUAACCCCUCCAAGUCCGUAUUCUGUUAUUUUUUUAAACAAGAAGAGGGAGGGUGUCGUAGGACGCUCUCCAGGUCAUAUAGCAUAUUGUUAUUAUGUGGCAGACAAUAUUAAAUAGGCAUUUCAGUAAAUCAGUAGUUAGUUAUCUUUGUAACAUCGUUCAGUUAAAUUAUAAAUCUGGAAUGUUUAUCAAAAAAUGAAAAGGUAGAGAAUUUGUUUUUGUUCCUCUAUCAACUCAACGAUGUAAUGAAAGCACCUCUCACAUAAACAGGUAUGAAGAACAUAAUGAGCAUGCAGAAGUUAGAAUGUUAGGCUCCACUCCUAUUAAAAAAACACCCGUUUUGCAACACCGAGGGUUACGAGAAACUUAGGGCCUGUUUACACGAGAGAAAAAGGAACGGAUCCAAAAGAUCCGCAAGCGUUUACACGAGAGCGGAUCCUAAAGCGUUUACACAGGAACGGACCAAAAUCGAAUCGCUUUUUUUAAGCAUGCGCAAUGACAAAGUAAUUGUUAAUUUUCAUUUUGGCGGGAGAAUAUCUAAGAUGGCGUUCUUCGCAAGCAACGAUAAGCGUUGCAUUUUUUACAUCGACAGACGAGGAGACGGCUUUCUUGAUGAAAGUAGUUAUGGAUUACAAAGCUGCUAUAAUGCAAAAUGGAGAAGACUCGGGGACUGUUAUGUCAUCGAAAUACGAAGACAUUCUACUUAAAUUUAUCGAGGCCUAUCCAGAAACUGCAACAGAGGACUUUCCAAAUAGCCAGGAUAAAGAAAAAAUCACAAAAGAAAAGGUGAAAAUAAAAUGAAACAAGACUAAGACAGGGUUCAGAAAGGCUGUCGACUGUGGAAAAAAGAGUGGUGGUGGGAGAGUAGUUUCUUUGUUGUAUGAUGAGUGCUGCGUACAAUUGAAAUAGCCUCCAUUGACCCCAGCAACAGUCUUGUUUUACUGCCGUGUCUUUGCGGGUCCGUAUCUUCCCGUUUACACGGCGCCGAUGAAGGUACGGAUCCAAAUGGAUUCGCUUUCGAAUCGUACCCAGAAAGAUACGAAUCUCUCCCAGAAAAGAUACGGAUCCUACCGUGCCCGUGUAAACGCAAGGCCUAUCGUAGCCAGCUUGGGUACGGAUCUAUGCGGAUCUGUUCCCGUGUAAACGGGGCCUUGAUACCGGAUUCCCGUGCAUCCGGCCCAUUUGAAUAUACCUGCUGGAGGCAUUUCGAAGUUCCGCAUAGUUUCAGAUUACAAGCACGACUGUGACACUAUGUAGCAGUUUAUAUUACGUCCGGGGGUUGGGGAAGUCGGCCAGACAUAUGAAUGUAGAGACAUUACAUGGGGUGUAGAAAUUGUAUAAGAACACAAGCCUGAAAAUUGGUCAAAAGUUAAGACAAAUUAAGUUCAAACUGAGGCUGAGUAAAAUGUUAUUUUGAAUAAUGUUUCAUCUCAAAAAUGAGGAGUUUUUUGUCAUUUGGGGUGAAUUUUCAAACUUGUCGGCAAAUAAAGGAUGUAUAUCUAACUCAAUUUGUUGGCAAACGAGGCGUGAACACCUUCCAAGAGCGCAGUAGCUUGCAAUUG